ACAACGACGGCGACGGCGACGACGACGGUUUCCAAGUUAGUUAGCCACGCGACUCUCGACGCGAACGGACGUACGACGGACGUUUGCACGCGAAGACAGCAGUUCGAGGUUUUCCUUCCUUUCUUCGGUUUCGGGUGGGAACGCAUUUCCCGGUUUUCCUCCUUUCUCUCGCUCUCGAUUGAAGUCCCUUUUUUGUCUCGCCUGUUCUGUUUUGGAGGAGACGGGUGGAUAAGUGUUCCGUUCUUGGGGGUGGUGAAAGAAUUUUCAUCGAGAAGUCUCCUCGGUGAAUCGUAGUCGCAACGGAAGAAGAUACCGGUAGAUGAGGAAAAGUGUGCCUUUCGUGAUACUGUUAGAUAAUACAAGCGCUACUGAUGUGAAACGAUAGUUGAAAGCGAAGAGUAAUUAAAUGAAGAAAGUAAAUACAUCAAUUGAAACAAAGUGUUGAAAUGCUCAGUUGGAGAGAUAUUGUGAUAAGGAUAAUCGUUUCUUAAAGCUACAGUGUUAAGGUUCAGUCGGACUCAUUCCACUCGGGUGCCUCAAAAGAAAAAAAAGUGGAACUGGAUUUCCGUCACAAAUUUCAUGCCACAAAACAAGGUGGCGCCAUUUAUCGAAAACUUGUUUGCUUUAUGUCAAAUCGUAUCUCAAGUGGUAUCCUUCCGCAGUGUUGUUUAACAGUGAAUACGAUAUCAGUUCGCCCCUUUCUUCACACACCCUUCCAAAAACAAAUAACCCUUUUCACUUGUCUCUUAAACCGAGUUGAAUCCUGCCAAAGUCCAAUCGUUGCAGACGUUUGUUUGUUUGCAUAUACACAAAGUCGAGAGUCGCAAAUUCCGCGAAUCGUGUGGUUUUAUAGGAUGAGCCACGAGAAAGUCCUACACAAUCGUCAACAAAUCCUACACGCGUCGUGAUAAAGCAGCCAUUGUGCAAGAAGGAUUCGUGGUAAAUAGCGCGCAGCUGCUGCUUCUACCAGUGCAAACGAUCCAAUCAAGCAAGGCAGCGCCAAACAUACACCAGCCGUGUACCCAGAUACCCGUUGCGGAAGAAAGGAUAUUCAGCGCACACACACCAACCGUUUUCCGGGGAUAACGAGCCAGACUUGUUUGGCACUCGUGUUUUCUUUCUAAUUCUACGGAGAAAAGGGACGAUUAGGGGGAUGUCGUUAGUGUGGCAAUAGGAUAAUACUUGACCCAGCUGGAAGUAGCCAUCGUUACCGGUUUGGCAGUUAGGCAGAGAUUGAAUGGUGAAGAUGAAGGAUAAUAAGCGGUUUUACAUCGCCAGACCCUGGAAAAUGGAUCACGGUGGCGUGGACGAUGAAGCACCCAUAGAUCCUCGACUUAAAAGCCGUACGUCGUUUCCCGAGGACCCUGAUUACGAAGGUCACCGAGCGCACACGGUCUACGUUGGCGUCCACAUACCGGGCUCGUCGAGGCGCCACUCGCAAAGGCGUCGCCACAAGCACCACCAACAGAGCAAGGACAGCGGCGACAAGAGUUCAGCCAGCACCGAGUCCGAUCGACCAGCUAUUCCCAAGCCUCACGUUGUCACACAGCGAAGAUUCAGCGUCGUUGAUGACGGAGAGUGUUUUACACCACCCGCACAAAGAGUACAGUUCAUCCUCGGCGGCGAAGUCGGCGACGACGGCAACCAUGAAUCACACCCGCUGUUCUCCGAGAUGGAAGAGCUGGUCAAGGAGGGCGACGAGAUGGCCUGGAAGGAAACCGCCCGGUGGGUCAAGUUCGAGGAGGACGUCGAAGAGGGUGGCAACCGGUGGUCCAAGCCGCACGUGGCAACCCUCUCGCUGCACUCGCUGUUCGAGCUCCGGAGUCUGCUGCUGAACGGUACCGUCAUGCUGGAUAUGGAAGCCGUCAGCUUGGAGCAAAUCGCCGAACUGGUCUGCGAGAAUAUGGUCAAUGCUGGCACGUUGCCCAUCGAGGCGCGGGACAAGGUCAUCGACGCGCUCCUCAAGCGACACAAACAUCAGCACGAGUUCGGCAGCAAGAAAACCAGACUGCCGCUGAUCCGAUCGCUGGCCGACAUCGGCAAGAACCACUCCAGCUCCAAGAGUGACAUAUCGCCAACACCGUCCCACGGCGGCGGUGGUGGCACCAGUUCAGCUCCAGGUUAUGCCACCGGUUCGAGCGUUGGAGUUACCACAUGGUUCCAUGCCGGUGCAUCUAGUUCCAUCACAGUACCAGCACCGUCAGCAAUGGCAUCGUCAUCAUUCAUGACGACGACGGUGGCAGCGGCAACAGUUGCUACAAUAACAACCACCGCCACGACGACGACGACCAUACCGUUAUCAUCAAGAGUUGACGAUCACCACCAACAGCAACAUAGCUUACAUUCCGCUUCCCAGCCGGUCUUGCAAAGUCUUAACGCAACGACGACCACAACCAGUUCAACGCGGUCCGGCGGCGGCAACAAUGGAAAACAUUUGGCCGUACCUGGAAAAGCGCCCGGGGAAAAUCUUAUUCAAAGCCCCAGUAGCAUCUCGAUGGCCCGCAACACCAGCUCCGGCGAGCUGCAGAACGGUGAACACAAGUCCAACACGAACUUCAUGCGGAAGAUUCCACCGGGCGCCGAAGCCAGCAACAUCCUGGUCGGCGAGGUGGACUUCCUGGACAAGACGCUCGCUGCAUUCCUGCGGUUGAACAACGCAUCCGUGAUGGGUGAUCUGACUGAAGUCCCCGUGCCAACUAGAUUUAUCUUCAUUCUGCUGGGUCCCCCGGGUAGCCACGGUAGCUUCCACGAGAUCGGCCGUGCCAUGGCCACCCUCAUGUCGGACGAGAUCUUCCACGAAGUGGCGUAUCGUGCCAAAAAGCGCGAACACCUUCUGGCCGGUGUGGACGAGUUCCUAGACGCCGUCACCGUAUUACCGCCGGGCGAGUGGGAUCCCUCGAUUCGGAUAGAACCGCCGGCUGCCAUUCCAUCGCAGGAGGUCCGCAAACGACCCCCGGAAAAGAAUCCGAAAGAGGAAAUCGACGAAGAGGAGGAAGAACAACGCCAACGCGAGGAAUCCGGUUUGUCGCGAACGGGUCGUCUGUUUGGAGGGCUGAUCAACGAUUUGAAGCGGAAGAAGCCGUUCUAUCUGUCCGACUUCCGGGAUGGAUUGUCGCUGCAGUGCGUGGCCUCGUGGAUCUUCCUGUACUUUGCCUGUCUUUCGCCAAUCAUUACGUUCGGAGGGCUGCUGGGUUCGGCCACAGGGAACAAUAUUGCCGCAAUGGAAUCGUUGGUUUCCGGAUUUGUGUGCGGUAUCGGGUACGGAUUCUUCUCCGGACAACCGUUGACCAUUCUGGGUUCUACCGGGCCGGUGCUGGUGUUCGAAACGAUCGUAUACGAUUUUUGUAUGCGAGUCGGAUGGGAUUAUUUGACGUUCAGAUUCUGGAUCGGAACGUGGGUAACAGUUAUCUUGGUCAUUUUGGUUGCCAUCGAUGCCAGUGCUCUAGUGUGCUACAUCACCAGAUUCACCGAGGAGAACUUUGCCUGUCUGAUAGCCUUCAUCUUCAUCUACAAAGCGGUCGAAAACGUGCUGCACAUUGGAACAGACUUUCCGCUGAACACGGCUGGGUCCAAGUAUGACUGCUCGUGUCUACCACCCGGGGAUAAACCCCUUUCCACCGAAAUUAUUCACGAGUGGGCACAGUACGAUAAGAAAACUUGUGCGCUACUGAACGGUACCCUCACCGGUUACGACUGCUCCAAACCCGAGUACAUCUCCGAUGUCUUCCUGAUGUCGAUCAUCCUGUUCAUCGGAACGUACAUCAUCUCGGUCAUUCUUAAGGACUUCAAGAAUGCCCUGUUCUUCCCAUCGAACAUCCGACAGUUCGUCAGCGAUUUUGCUGUCAUCAUUGCGAUCUUCUCGAUGAGCACACUGGACUACGUCACCAACGUCCCGACGCCGAAACUGGAAGUUCCUCGGGAGUUCAAACCAACCAUUCCGGAUCGAGGCUGGCUCGUUCAACCAUUCCACGAGAAGAACCCGAUCUGGUCCCCGGUGCUCGCCGUUCUACCGGCUCUGCUGGGCACCAUCCUGAUCUUCAUGGAUCAACAAAUUACGGCUGUGAUAAUCAAUAGGAAAGAACAUAAGCUAAAGAAGGGCUGUGGCUAUCAUCUGGAUCUGUUCGUGUUAGCCUUGCUGAUUCAGCUCUGCUCCCUCAUGGGAUUACCAUGGUUCGUCGCCGCUACCGUGCUCAGUAUUAAUCACGUCAAUUCACUCAAACAAGAAUCGGAAACGGCAGCUCCCGGCGAGAAACCGCAGUUCCUCGGAGUGCGCGAGCAACGGGUCACCCACAUUCUGAUCUUCCUGACGAUCGGCUGUUCGGUCCUGUUGACGCCACUCCUGUCCCACAUUCCAAUGCCAGUAUUAUACGGCGUGUUUCUGUACAUGGGCGCGGCAUCGCUCAAGGGCCUCCAGUUCUUCGACCGGCUGAUGAUCAUGCUGAUGCCGAUCAAGUACCAACCGGACUACAUGUUCUUGCGGCAGGUCCCGAUCCGCCGCGUUCAUCUGUUCACCCUGAUCCAGCUGGCGUGCUUGGUCAUGCUGUGGGUCAUCAAAUCGUUCUCCAGCACAUCGAUCCUGUUCCCCCUGAUGUUGGUCGUUAUGAUCGGUAUCCGAAAAUCGUUGGACUUCCUCUUCACGAGGCGCGAGCUCAAAAUCCUGGACGACGUGAUGCCGGAGAUAACGAAACGGGCCCACGAAGACGACCUCCGGCAGCUGGAGGAUGGCGAGGAUUCGGGUCAACACUCGGCCGACAAUCUGCAACUACCGUUGGAAAACGGAACCUUGAGCUGCAAACCGCAAAUCAACAUUUCGGAAGAGGUGAAUCGGACCACCAUCUGGAAGCAGGUUAACAACUGUAACGUACUGUUCACCAAGAAGCAACCCAACCGAUCCCAGCAAAAGUAUCACAAACAAUCGAACCCACCAGCAACAACUGGCAAUCUCAGCAACCAGAACACCAACGAACAAACGCAACAACAACCACAAUUACUCUCCGAGAGCAAGUCGAAGAAAACCAGCGAAAUCGACAAAAGACUGUCCACCAUGCGGGAAGAGGAGGAAACCAACUCGGACGAUGCCAAUCACCGUCAAUUAAACCACCAAAAACGAACGCAGAAACUGAAGCACGAAUUCUGGAUGAACUCGUCGCGGGGUGGCCACAAAACUGCCGGAACGAAGCACAACGACAACACAAGCGGGCGCGCAGAACGAGACGCUUCCGAAACGCAAGUUUGAGACGAUCCAGUACCGACCGUGUGACUGAACCGAUAGCACAACAGCUCAAUUGUACCAUUUUACGUAUAGGACGUAUCAAUGUGGGAGAUGCUGAAACCGGAAGGAAUGCAUCCGUAAGAUCCUUAGAGAAAUGACAAGCCUCGAGAACAGACAGGUGCUACCACCUCCACCAGUGUACCUCUAGGUCAAUGUAGUUGAAUACCGUUCAGUGAAGAAUAUUACCGCUGAAAACAAGCUCUUUUACCCAACUACCUAUAUGUAGACAACCAUUUUAUAAACCAAGUAAUGAGGAAGAAUAGGGUGUUGCUGCAAGUUGCAACCAACGCAGAUGUCUCAAUUAUUGGAAAGCAUCCUCAGGGAUGCAAUGCAGACCUCCACGGCCGUUAAAUCGAAGAAAAAAAAACUAGAACGAUAACGUUUAAUGGAUAAGACUAACCCGAUUGUAAAAUUUGAACCUGACAACUAUUGCGAUAAUAAAUAAUUGAAAAACGUC